CACUUGCUUGGUUCUCCCCGGCUUUGCCAGUACGCCCUUCAGUUUCCAGUCGGACGUCAACGGUGCAGGAGCUCCGCGUUGCUCUCCCGUUCCAUUUUCCCCCGCAAAAAAAAAAGUUUCGUGUGGUUCGUAGUGUGUGUGUUUUUUUUCCCCCGUCGAAGCCGACGCGCGCCACCUAACCUCUAAAGUUUUCGCAUCUGAAAAAGUAAAUUUCAAAUCAUCGACGUGUGUAAAAUCAGAGAGAGAGAGAAACGUUUUAGAGUUUCGAAUUAGUUUUAGCCAAGGAAAGACGACGAGUUUGUGAAGUGAGAAAGAAACACAAACGAGGAAAAGAAACGGACGCCAUUGUUGGUUAGAGCUGUGGUGUUUGAGAGAACGCGGCCCGAGGGUUUGUUCUUUCCUUCUCGAGCCGAGAGGGCGAAAGAUAAAAAAGAAGUGGAAGAAAGAAUUCUUCUUCUCAACAAGUGCGUGUGGUGAGUGUGUUUGGUGCGUGUGUGUUACUCCAGCCGUUGAAGGAUUAAACCGAAAACGAAACACAAAGAGACUUGAAAAAAAAAUAUAUAUAUUUGUUUCACGAGGAAAAACAGAGAAGUGGAUUAAAAAGAAUCACUCGAAAAUGCAGUGGUGAUUUUUUUUUCUCCUUUUUUUCCUCCACUUCUUCGAUCACAUUCCAAAAAAAAGAUCUAAACCUAAAAAAGAAACAAAUCUUGACUGGAAAACAAAGUCAUCGUCAUCGACACUGGACUCGGCAGGAAGGAUUAUUUGAUUUGACGAGGGGAAGGAGACAAGAAAGAGAACGUCAUGGCGCUCUUGUCUCGCUGUGGUUGGUGGUUUUCAUCAUCCUCGUCGAUAUUAUUAUUCGUCUGGACUUUGAUUGUCUGCCUAAGUCUGACGGCUCAAGCUCGUGCUCCCGCCGGUGACCAGAGAAAAUACCGGACGGCGUACGCGUGUGAGGGUUCCAUGUUGACGCUGUCGUGCAGCGAAAACAACGAGGUGAUCAACCUCCUGCGCGCCAACUACGGCCGCUUUUCCAUCACCAUCUGCAACGAGCACGGCGACACGGACUGGUCCGUCAACUGCAUGUCGCAUCGCUCCCUACGCGCCCUGCACUCCAAAUGCAAUCAGCAGACUAAUUGCAGCAUUCUGGCCAGCACCAACGUCUUUGGAGAUCCGUGCCCAGGCACGCUCAAGUACCUUGAAGCUCACUAUCAAUGCGUUCCAGCGACGCCCACAUCUUCGACGGCAAGGCCCAGACCUCCUUGGUUUAGUUCGGUUGGCCCGUCCAUCUGGAACACGUUGGGAUUGCAGAACGCAACCGUGUCGACGACGACUACAUCCAAUCCGGUGGUGCUGUCGACGUCUACCGAACAAGCCGACGUAGGGGCCGUGCUGGUCAAUAACUCUACGUCGCAAUCGUCGACUACGGCCAUUUUGGAACAAAGCAACGGCACGUCCACCACCGCCGCUACACUGACGACGAGUUCGACAACUGGCAAGCCGUCAACCACCACCACGACAUCGACGACGACUCCACUGCCCAAUUUGUUGGUGGAAUUGACGGAAGUGACGGUCCUCGUUCCAGAUUUCCCUGGACGUCGGCCCCAAUCGUCGUCGUCAUCGUCCACUCCGCUGCCGCCGAGCACUUCGACGUUGUCCGUUUCGGGUGUCGAAGACGAUCAAGAUCUCGUUGGACUGGACGACGUCGUCGUUGCCGUUGACAAAGAAAAUGGAGAAGAUCAAAAUGGCGAUCUUAUUACCACUCCCGGUUCCAGUACGACCGCUGCCAGCAGUUCGAGACCGAAAAGCUCGCCGGACAACAAAUCACAGCGGCCACCUGGUGGCGUUGAUCAUAACAUGUACUGCCAGCCGGCCGUUACGCGAGGAUUGUACUGGAACUGGACCCGAAGUGGCGACCACGUCGUUCAACCUUGCCCCGGAGGUGCGACGGGUUACGCCAGAUGGUUCUGUUCGGCCGGACAAGGACCCGCCGCGUGGUAUCCAUCGUCACCCGAUCUCAGCGAAUGCAAAUCCGUCUGGUUGACGAGCCUGGAUUCGCGCAUCGGCGAGGGCGACUCGAUCAUUUCCAUCGCCAACGAUUUGGCGCAAGUGACGCAUUCCAAAACCCUUUACGGCGGCGAUAUGAUGGCCGCCGCCCGUCUCCUCCGGCAAAUGGCUCUCAAGAUGGCUGCCGAUCUGCAGGCAUUCCCCGAUUGGCGACAGCGUGAAGCCAUCGUCACGGAACUCGUGCAGAGCGUCGUCAGAGCCGGUUCCAGUUUGCUGGGCUCGGCCCAGUCGUUGGCGUGGAGAGAUCUCGGUCUCACCACUCCACCGGUCGGAGCAGGAGCAGCAGCACUACCGCCGCCGCCGCCACCAUCACCACCGUCAUCAUUAUCAUCCUCAUCGACCACCCUCAAUUCCGCAUCAUCUUCUUCGUCUGCGGAUGCCGACGACAUGGCCAGCGAUCCGCAUUAUUACGCUACGCAGCAAAGAGAUCAGCACGCCCGAACGACGGCCACCGCCCUGCUGACGGGCCUCGAGGAGAAUGCCUUUCUGUUGGCCAACACCAUCUCGCGGCAGAAAUCCGUUUUCCAGUCGUUUGACAAUAUCCUCAUGUCGGUCAGGGUGCUCGACAUGAGGAACAUCAACGAGCUGUCAUUUCCGUCGGCCGAAGAACUCCAAGUCUGGAAGUCCAAGGAGGAUUGGAUCACCCUUCCGGCCGAGGCUCUGCUGGAAAACAGCGACAAUGGUCUUGUUCGCGUCGUUCUUUUCGCCUACGAGCACAUGGAAGAUAUCCUGAGCCCGGCCAGCAUGAACCAUCAGCAACAUAAUCAUCAUCAUUCGCACCGCGAUCAGCCAACCGCGACGGGCGGUUCCGUUUCGUCCCCCAACCGCCAACAACAACAACAACAGCAGCAGCAGCAGAAGUUUGGCCAUUAUUCGGAGCAGUACAAUGCCACCCGCAUCGUCAACUCUCGAGUGAUUUCCGCUUCGCUCGGCAAGGGCCGUCACAUCCAGCUCCCGCAGCCGGUGACGAUCCGCUUCCAGCAUCUGAGACAAGACAAUGUGUCCAAUCCGACGUGCGUCUUUUGGGAUUACACUGUCAGCGGAUGGUCGGACGAAGGCUGCCGGGUGCUGGCCACCAACCGCACGCACACCCAAUGCCGCUGCGAUCAUUUGACCAACUUCGCUGUGCUGAUGGAUCUGCAUUCGACUCCGCUGACGUCGCUGCACCAACGAGCGUUGGCCACCAUCACGUACAUCGGUUGCGGCAUUUCCAUCGUCUGCCUGGCCAUGGCCGUCGCCAUUUUCACCCUGUGUCACAGCCAACUGAAAUCGGACCGCAACACGAUCCACAAGAAUCUCUGCCUGUGUCUUUUGCUGGCCGAAAUUGUUUUCCUGUCGGGCAUCAACGCCACGCACGACAGGAUCGUGUGCGGCCUCGUUGCUGGCCUCUUGCAUUUCUUCUUCCUCUGCGCCUUCAUGUGGAUGCUGUUGGAAGGAUUCCAGCUGUACGUCAUGCUGGUGGAGGUGUUCGAGUCGGACAAAUCGCGCGUCAAAUGGUAUUACCUCUGCGGCUAUGGAGUGCCCGUUUUGAUCGUGGCCGUCUCUUCGAUUGUCGACCCCUUUAGCUACGGCACCCCCGAUUUCUGUUGGCUAAGAGCCGACAAUUAUUUCAUCUUUAGCUUUGUCGGGCCCGUCAUUCUCAUUCUAGCCGCCAAUUUCGUCUUUUUGGGACUUGCUAUUUGGGUCAUGUAUCGCCACCAGACCACAUCAGCUGUCAUGAAGAGUAAAGAGCAAUCCCGUCUGACAAACGCCAGGGUUUGGAUCCGUGGAUCAUUCAUUUUGGUGUUCCUCUUGGGUUUGACGUGGACAUUUGGUUUGCUUUACUUGAGCGAAUCGACCGUGGCCAUGGCCUACGUCUUCACCAUCUUGAACAGUUUCCAGGGCUUCUUCAUCUUCUUCUUUCACUGCUUCCAAGACGAGCAAGUGCGCAAAAACGUCUUUAAAGCCCUCCAUCGACACGGAUGCCUCCCAUCUAGCUGCUUGUCCGGCCUGAGCGGAUCUUCGUCCAAUACGUCGGGAACGUCACCCAGUGCCGGAGGCAAAGACAAUCAGACCAUUUUCUAUGGCUCGUCAGGUGCCACGUCGGCGGGCGCCACGCUGACAGCCAGCGACGCUCUGACCACAGCCACUUACAUGCCGCAACCGUGGAGGGGACCGACCGACGUUACUUUGGUGACGCCCCAGAUCAGCAACAACAACAGCAGCAUGAGGCUGAACAACACCAAAAACAGCCAAUUGCGAUCCAGCACUCGCACCUUGAAACAGCAGCCAAUGGCCAACUCCCCUCACGAACUAGAGAAUGGAUCGUACAAAUCGUACGGACGUGAUUCUGGCAAUGGCAGCUCCGAACAAGAUGAUUCUUCUCCCCGUCAGCAACAACUUCGCGCCCAGCAGCCGCUAGUUCAGCAACAAGUCCAAUUGCAGCAACAACAACAGGCAUUGAUUCAGCAACAGCAACAGCAGCAGCAGCAGCAGCAACAACAACAACAACAACAGCAGCAAGCGAAUGGAAGCAUGAACCGACCUCGUGGAAACAACUACCCCCAUCCGGUUCCCAAUCCGGCUCUGGCUGAAGGUGCCGCCAUGGACGCUCAACUGAUUGCCCAAUUCCGAGACAACACGCGCACCUCCCCGCUCCGUUUGGCCCAUCACCACCAACAACAUUUGAGGGGCUCCAACAAGCGCAGCCGCUCCGCUUCGCCGUGGAACCACACCUACAUGGAGAUUGACCUGAGACGAGCUGGAGGUGCCCGCAAAACGUUGGCCGAAGAAACGGAAGAAGAGGAAAGCGGAAUGGUUUCUGAUCCUGUUUACGAGGAGAUUGAACGCAACGCUGGAUGUGGCGGUGGCGAUCUCUGCCCGUGCAGCAACAACCAACAACAUCAGUUGCAACGAGGCCCGGCCGUUUUGCACUACCAGCAGGCGUCGGAUCUAAGCGACGAAGAUCGUCGCCAGAACAGCAGCGACGUCAGCCGCCAAUCGUCUCGAUCUUAUGGCGACAGUCGGCCAUUGAUUCCCCUCCAGCAGCAGCAGCACCAUCAUCACAAUCACGGCCAUCAUCACCACCAGUUGAGCAGCCAAAGCCAACCGGGCGGCGGGACUCACGAUCUUCUGACCACCAUCAGCUGCGCCUUCAAUUCGCCCCAUUUGAGGACCAAGCACCGGCAUCCGAGUUUGAACCAGUUUGACACCGCCGCUCAACAUUCGCAUCCGCCGCCCAUCCACAUGGGGUUUGAAGGGGCGCCGCAUUUCGACGCGGAUCGCUACAGCCAGCGACCGGGCCAGCAGCCGCACUCGAACAUGUACCCGUACGAACAAGAGACGGGCCUGACUGCCCUCAGUUUGAUGAACGGUGAGCGCAUUUUUGUGGCCAGCGGGGCUGUGCUGGAGCAGCAACGGAGUCCUGCGAUCCAACAGCGGCCCACCCUCCCCUUCACCGAAUGCUGAACAUGUUUGCAAAAAGGCGAAGACGGUGAAAAGAAGAGAAGAAAAUGAUGAUCAGAAUUAGAGGAAGAGGAUGUUUGCCAUGACCAGAGAUGAUUCCCCUGGAAAAGAAAAUUUCUCAUCAUGUGAUAUAAACUUUGCGCAUGUAAAUAAUCAGAGGCAAAGAGGAGAAUUUCUCAUUUUUUUUUUUUUUCUUUCAUUUUCUGCUGGAGAAAGGGAAAGAAACAAAGAAAAAACAAGAUUUAUAUUUAAACAAGUGUGUCAUUGUCGUUGUCUCCCGUUUCCCCUGAAUGUCCUGAGUUGAUCGGCGUGUUUUUUUAGUCAAAUUAUAUAUAUAUAUAUAUAUAUAUACACACACACACAACAAAAAAAGAAAAAAAAACAAAAAAAACAGAAUAUAUCAUCCCUCGUCUCCCUAAAUCCUCUCCCCUCCAAUUGACUUGAUUAUUCCGUGUUAUAAUUGUGUCUACUCCCGUUUACUCCAAUUGUGUCGAUGAAGAAAAUAUUUAACAACAAAUCAUUUAACUAAGACGACCCUGCCAACUUGUACUGUUUUCGUGUAUAAUGUCGAUUGCGACGUGCCUGUGUCUAUGUUUUGGUGGGCGCUGUUCGGCUUUGAUAAAUAUGGCGGAUUUUUUUUUUUUUUUCUGUUUGUUUUGUUCUUUUUUUGUACAAAAUUCAAAAAUUCCUGAUAAUUUGUUUGUUUCUUUUGUGUUUGACAAAUACACAACUUGGUCUGAACUGUA